ACGCAAUCCCCUUUCUCUGAGCUCCCACCGCACUCUCUCCUCUCCCCCGGCCCGGCCACCCUUCUCCCCAUCCUCCUCCCCUUCCCUAAACCCUAAAUAAACCACAAGCGCCUCCCCAACCACUCCAGCGGCCUCCCCUCUCCCCCAAUCGAAACCGGCGUAUUUGGUGGCGGCGGCGGCGGCGGCAUGGGGGCCUUGGCGGCGUCCACGUCGUCGGGGAACUGGCUCGUGGAGGACGACAUCCUCCUCAAGAACGCCGUCGAGAAUGGUGCCUCGCUGGAGGCCUUGGCGAAAGGAGCCGUAUGUUUUUCCCAUAAAUUCACUCUUCAAGAACUACAAGAUCGUUGGUCUUCAUUGCUAUAUAACCCAGAGAUCUCAGCACAGGCUUCUGCUAGGAUGGUUGAGCAUGAGACUGAACUUUCUAUUUCCAACCCCGCCAAGACACAUAAGCUUUUCAACUCAAAAGCAAGAGAUUUUUCAUUUAAGAAGCGGAAAACAGAGAGUGUUAAGAAUUUAUAUUAUAUAUCAAGAAAGAAGCCACACAAUGAACCCUGUGACACCAAUGGCCUUGGUUUUCUUAUUGCCCCUUGUCCAUGCAUAGCGGCUGGUAGGGACUGUGUCUGUGGAGGCCUACCUUCACGUGAUCAAGUUCAUAAUAUUGAGACAGGGAUAGGUACAAGCUGUUAUGGGCAAGCUGAUGGAAGCUACAACGGUGCACAACAUAUGCAUCCUGAAAUAAAUGGACAUUCAUUUCAUACACAGCAUGCUGAGAGUAUGAUAGAAGACGCGGAUACCACCAAUAAUGCACCAUAUGGCUAUUCAGAUGUAGUUCAAAUAUAUGACCAACAUGCCUACAUGCAACCUGAGAUAGGUGAAGGGGACCAUGUCUCUCUUAGAGGUAUCACAGAUUUUCAGGAUUCUAUGCAGUUCCAGCAAUUGGCAUCUAGCAAUCAAUGUGGCAAUGAAGUGGCGGAACCAAAAACAUUGGUGAUCACUGAUCAAGGUAGACUUGAAAAUGUCCAUUUCCCAGGGAACAGCAAUGGGGUGGCAGAACAUGGUGCACUCCACUUGAUUCGUCAAUCUGAGGGUUCUCAAACACCUUGUGGUGCAAUCUGGAAUGGGGUUGAGGAAACAGAGACACUCACUCUUGCUGAUGAUAAGAAAAUAAAGACAGUCAGCAGAGACCCUCUCACACUGCAAGCAAAUUUAGAUAGCGGAAUUUCCAUGCCUUGUUUAGAUCAUGCAGCAAUGCCAGAUGGUGAUUUCAUGGAUUUUCCAUUUUUCAGCAACAGUGAUGAGUUUGACCUCCUGAAUGGUGAAAAUUUUCUGAAUUCUCCACAUGAGACAAAUCAGGAAGAUUUAGAUGAUCCUGAUACCAAAGUUGUACUGGGUGCAAGCUCCGUCGUGCAAAAUCCGUUGCACCCUGACGAGGCCAUCAUUAGCUGUGAUCAGGUAGAUACUGGCCAUUUACAGCAUAAUCUAGGAGAUGUUUCUGGAAUGAUCUUGGUCCCUACUUCAGCAGAAGUGUCUUAUCCCGGCAGUCAGUAUGUUGAGUGCAUAUUAAACACGGAAGAUCCUGAUAUCCCUUGCAACGACGAUAUUGUUACACAUGGAGAAUUUUCUCCUCGACGCCCUACUGCUUCUCCUGGACAGAACUCUGAGCACAAGGUUUUUCCAUCCCCACCUGCAACUAGCCCUCCAUCAAAGGCUGAACAUUCCAAUGCGAGUGAUUUGGCCCAACUAAUGAGGGAAGAUAUGUCAAAUGCCAAACCUUCUUUGCAACCAAUGAGGCUUAGCCCAUCCACUUUAGAACAGAAAGAAGGUUCAGUGGCACUUAAUAAAGGUUUAGGAGCUAAGCCGUCUGUAGGUCCUUCGACCUCUAGUGUAGUUAUGCAAGGUAACAUAGACACCAAUGAUGCAAGCACAUGCAUGCUAGCUUUACCUGCUAUUCACCCCUCUGGAUUUGUCGAAGGUCCAUCUUGUAGUUUGGGACAGCACGAUUUUGAUAACUCCCAAAGUUUGAAGUUGUACAAUCCAGUUCAAGUUUCUGAUCACAUGAACUACCACUCACACGGUAAUCAACCAGAAUUAAGAGAUGUCGCUGCUGUACAAAACUGUAUGCCAUCACAUGCACCGUCAGAUUUGGGUCUUCAAGACCCCAUGGCAGUUGUGCCAACAACAGCUCAAGCAGAAGAAUGUUCUGACAUUGAAAAUGAUGUUCCGAACUACUAUGAUAUAGAAGCUUUGAUACUUGAACAGGAUCUAAUCCCUUGGGAUCAGGACUCUGAUUUGAAACAUCCUGAAGUUUCCAGAUUUCAACAUCCGGAAAGUAGGAGAUCAUUGAUAAGAUUGGAGCAGGGUGCUCGGUCUUGUUUGAACCGAGCUAUCAUGUCUCGUGGUGCCUUUGCAGUUAUAUAUGGGCUGCACUUGAAAUACUACAUAAAGGAUCCCGAGGUUACUAUUGGAAGAGAGACAGAAGAUGUAAAAGUUGACAUUGAUUUGGGAAAAGAAGGGAAGGCAAAUAAAAUAUCUCGCCGGCAGGCGGUUAUCAAGAUGGAUGAAGCUGGGUCUUUCCAUAUCAAGAACAUUGGAAAAGGCUCAAUCUUUGUUAACAGCAAGGAAGUACCAUGCUGCAAAGGCAUCAACUUAAGUUCUGAUUCAUUAAUUGAGAUAAAGGACAUGAGGCUCAUUUUCCAUGCGAAUCAGGAUGCUGUAAGGCAAUACGUCAGCCGCAUCCCGAGGCUCUAAUAAUACUCGUCCCGACUGGGUUUUUGAGUCAGCCCCAGCCAUAUCAGGUGGCGGCUUAUUCACAGUGCUGUCAGCAGUUAAUGCGUUGACUGAGGGGUCGCCCUUGCAGGAUGUUCCUUCUGCUGCUGUCAACGCAGUCCUAUUUUUCGAGCGGAAUGUGAUUAUGCAAGCUAAGCGCAGCCUUGGGUCCGACCUGUCCGAUUCCGUGUACAUGGGAUGUAAUAUCAAGUGGUUUGUGUUCCAUUCUAGUUGGUUGUAAUAAACAUUUGGCAGUGUUGGAGGGGCCAGCACAGCACUCGCUUCUAUCGCGUCGAAAAAGAACAGGUGAGUAUAUGAAUGGAACAGAAAACCAUUAGAGAUAGCAAAGUGCCGAUGAGUGUUGUUCCAUUCGCCCUUGUUAUGGUGGCUGCUACUGGAAAUAGGCAGGAUUGUUUGGGCGGACAGCAGGAGGAUGCUCCUCGGGGGGAAAGCCAUUAUUUGGUUUGUCUUCACUUUGACCCCCUGUGUGUACUAAAAGCAAGAUUAUCUUAGGCGAGGGUUAAUCAUAUGGUGGAAUAUAUAUAAUCAUGUGCUGUUGAACUA